AUUUAAUACAGUGAGUUCGAUUAAACGCAAUAAAUUUAAACCGGAGGCAAAACCAUCAUUCGACCAGUAUUAUGCUACGGGGCAGAAUCAUGGACGCUGCAAAUCUUCGAAAGAAAGAUUCUAAGAAAAAAACUUUGAAGCAGUAAAAGAUAAGGACGUGUAGCGUAUAAGGUGGAAUCAUGAGCUAAACCAACUUGUAAAAGCUUGGCUAUGUAUGUACUUAUAUGGUAGUAACGAGAAUGGACAACAGGAGAGCGUAGAAGAAAAUUAAAGAGGCAACAGCAUUCACCGCUAAGCUAGAGAAAGACCGCGAUCAACAUAGAUUGACAAACACGCGGAAGGUAUGAAGAAGUUUGGUAUAAAAUUUGGCAAUAAUCUGCAAAUAACCGAAAUGUCUGGAGGUCACAUAAACCGCAGGCCAAAGCUCACGAAAAACUGUCGCGCUAAAAGAUAAUAAUUAUAGACAUGAGUUUUUAUUUAGGAACAAAAAUAAAAUAUUCAUUUCAUUUAAAAAUUUAUUAAAAUCAUAUCAUGGUUCGUAGUUUUCCGUACAAGGGUCUGCUCAUGAUAUGAAUAGUCACUCCCAAAUACUGCACCGAUUAUUUACUGUUUCUUAACAGCACUAAUACUUGGAAACAAAUAAUAAGCGCUCAUCUAUUGUCACAAAUAUUUCUGGCUUUGAGAGAGAACGUAAAAGAGUAAUAUUUCGCUGCUGUGAGUAUUUUAGCUAUCGUCAUUUCUUUGCGCUUUUGCGCUCUGCUCUCUUUUAAAAAAAUGUACAUGUAAAAGCAACAACAAAGUUAUCGAGUUGAAUUGAUACAAGAGCAAAUGUGGAUACAUACCACAUUAGAGUCGUAUGACCGCCAGGGAUAAAGGGAUACCCAUUUUAUUCCAGUGUGAGCCCAGUGUCUAGUCCAUCUCUCAUGACCGCUAUCUUCAAUGCUAUCAAGUUUUAAUUCACACAUUUUAAAACAAACAAACUCAUUGUCAGAGAUAAAGCGAUGCCCAACUCAUUUCUCACUGGAAAUGAGAACGCAAUUGCUCUCUGUCUAACGCUCUAACUUUUUCAGAGCGACAAAAAAGUAUAAACCAAGAACCUAAAUUGUCAAAUUGUUUAAUGAGCAACUACUUGUGGAAAAACAUUCAUUGUUGAUAUUAAUUAACAUUUAGCAGUUUGUCAGCAUUAGUUAUUAGAGACAAAAUUAAAAUAUUCUUUUCAUUUAACAAUUUAUUUAAAUAAGAUAAGGGAUGUAGAUUUUCCGUGCCAGGGCCUGGCCAAGAUAUGAAUAUAAACUUAAAAAAAGUGCAGCUGACUAAAAUGUUGAUAUGUGUGCCAUUUGUAUAAAAACGCUCGAUAUUUAUCUUAUCACUGCACUAAAAAAUACUGAAUAAUUAGUCAGUGGCCGAUCCAUGGGGGUUUUUGGGGGUCAAAAAUAACAAGAAUUUCUGAACUUAGUUUACGGUCAGCUGCUUGAGAAAAUUUAUAGGAAAAGUUGCAUUUGUAAAGUAAUUAAUAGAUCGAUUUACAAAAACCGUAAUUUUAAUUGAAAUUCAGACGAAUUUCGAAAAAAACAUAAGUAUUCAAAAUAUGUUGGAAAUAAAUUUUUACCUGCAAAUCCCCCCGGAAAAAAAUUCUGCAUCCGCCACUGUUGUUAGUGGUGAAAUAGCAAGCCAAACUGCCUGUAUAUAAAUAACUGAAUUAGACACAGCAUUUCAGUUGAUUCAACGCCGUGUGUUCGAAUAGAUCAAAAUGAGUUUAGCUGGUAAAGUUGUGAUUGUAACCGGAUCAAGUUCCGGCAUCGGUGCCGCCACAGCUGAGGCCUUUGCCAAGCAGGGUUCCAAAGUAGUGCUCACAGGACGAAAUGAAGAAAAUCUGAAAGCUACUGAGAAAGCCUGCAAAGCAGCGAACAACAAUGUGGAACUGCUAGUUAUCCCCGCUGAUGUAACGACAGACGCUGAGAAGAUUAUCAAAACAACAAUUGACAAAUUCGGACAGUUGGAUGUGUUGGUGAAUAAUGCCGGUUUUGGUGAAGCGGGUUCGAUCCUGAAUAUUGACGUCGAUCAAUUUGAUCGCGUUUUAAAUACAAAUUUGCGUGCAGUCUUCCUGCUGACUAAAUACGCCGCACCACAUCUCAUAAAGACCCAAGGAAAUAUUGUGAAUGUCUCCAGUGUCGCAGGAUUGCGUUCAUUCCCUGGUCUUUCGGUCUAUUGCACCUCCAAAGCAGCACUGGAUCAAUUCACAAGAUGUAUCGCCUUGGAUUUGGCGCCGAAAAAUGUACGUGUGAAUUCCGUAAAUCCUGGUUUGAUUGUGACAAAUUUCUAUAAGGGUAUUGGCAUGACGGCGGAAGACUAUGCUAAACAUGUGGAGCAUUCAAAGACUACACAUGCAUUGGGUCGCGUCGGCCAACCCAAGGAAGUGGCCGAUGCCAUUAUUUUCCUAGCUAGUGACAGUUCGAGUUUUAUAACGGGCGCAACUCUGCCGAUCGAUGGUGGCAAACACGCCAUGUGCCCGCGUUAAUAUUUCCUUUAAAUGUAAUUUAGUACUUUUAAACAUAUAUGUAAAUAUAAAUUUAAAAAAAUUGGUUAAAAAUAAUUGUGUGAUCUAUUGAAUUUUUGCGGAAAAUUAUGUAGUUACAUUCAUGUUAAAAAAAAUGAUCAAAGCCAAUUAUAUUGUGAGUACUGUUAGCACUGGAAACCUUUUUCUAUCUUGCUUUGGUUCUAAU